GGUGGAGGAGGUGGAGGAGGAGGAGAGAGAGAGAGAGAAAGCAUAGGUGGAAGCGCGUGGCGGAGGAGAACGGAGGAAGACGGUGUCGCAGCCGGCGGAAGGAAGAACUGGAGAGAUCACUCUCUCUCUCCGUGAAAACACGAGACGUGGAAACGGAGGUAGCCUGUGAGCGGCCGCGAUCAUGACGCAGCAAAGCGGCGCUGGGUCACCCCAGCAAUUCUGUCUGCGUUGGAACAACUAUCAGACUAACCUCACCAACGUCUUCGACCAGCUCCUGCACAGCGAGAGCUUCGUGGACGUCACCUUGGCCUGCGACGGGCACAGCGUCAAGGCCCACAAGAUGGUCCUUUCAGCCUGCAGCCCGUACUUUCAAACGCUCUUCUUCGAUAACCCCUGCCAACACCCCAUCGUCAUCAUGAAGGACAUCAAGUGGCCGGAGCUCAAGGCCGCGGUCGAGUUCAUGUACAAGGGCGAGAUCAACGUCUCCCAAGAGCAGAUCGGGCCGUUGCUCAAGGUCGCCGAGAGCCUCAAGAUUCGCGGUCUCGCGGAUGUCAACAGCGAGCAGGAGCUCACGUCCAGACCGAGUCUGGAAGAGGCCGCUGGUGCGGCGAUGCACCGGAAGAAGCGGCGCCGGAUGUCCGGCGAGAGAUCACCCUCCGGUACGAACAGUCCGGAUCGUGUUGGUUCCGGUAGCAUCACUGACGAUCAAGACGUGAUCGCCGGCAAUAUCGUCGUACCCGAGAUACACAACAUGAUACCGGCAGCGAGCUCGACACCGAGGUCUCUGGGUUCACCGAGCACACCUAGCAUCUCCGUCACGCCGCAGAUCAAUCUGCAGGAGCUUCCGGUCACGCUGCCUCUACCGCCACCUCCGCCGCCACCCCCGCAGGGCCAGCAGAGCUCGCACCCCCUGUCGACCCACCACGUGCCUGGCCACGUGACUUCCGGUCCGCACGCGCCCGUCAACCACCUAGGCGCCCACGGCCAGCAACUUGGCGUGCAGCAGCAGCAACAGCAGCAGCAGCAACAGCAGCAGCAACAGCAACAGCAGCAACAGCACCAUCAGCAGGGCGCCGGUAAUCAACCUGGUGGAGAUGACCUCGAGAUCAAGCCCGGCAUCGCUGAGAUGAUUCGGGAGGAGGAAAGGGUGAGUCGAGCUGUCUCUUUUUAUCUAUUUGUGAUCCACGCUCCCUUCUGCCUCGCGUUUUUAUCGCGUGAGCGUGACAAGUGUCACGCGAUUAGUGCGGGGUUACGUGGUGUGCCGGUAGUGGAUAUAUCUUUCCGCGCGAAAGCGACUCCUCGGCUGUCGCGUCUGCUCGACGAAGAACUCGGGAGAACGAUCGGAUUGAGCACUCAGGUGCCUACGAGGAGGAUGGGACAGUGACUUUCCCCUGAUUCGCGGGCGGAUUGAAAGAUUCGGACGCGUGCCAGUGCGAUCUGCUCAGCCUUUCCUAAUUUCUUCGAAUAGAAUUCCGUUCGAGGCGAGGAGCGAGCUGUGACAAGCGAGCCGCUCGAAUUCCCGAGGGACCUUUUCGCUGAUGUAGACAAGUGGAUUGCCCAUUUUGAAUUGCCGAGUGAACAUUGUUCAUUCAAAGUUCGAGAGUGGACCGGGUGUAACAUAACCAAAGAGCCUCACAACAUAUGAGAUUUUGUCACUUUAGACAGGACUCGUGCAAUAUUUUAGAGUUUAGGAGUGUAAGAAAUAUAUUAUAAAAGGAUGUGAUUUUUGCUAUUAUAUCGACUUGUGUGCAGCGAGUUGUCGGAAAAACAAAUUCGUCCUAAUCGAUCGCAAGAGUCUUGUUCGUACGGAUCAAGAAUCCACUCUGAGUUCGAGGUGAAAAAAAUUGCGGCUCCGAGUGGCGGCUGUCGAGCGACUUUUCACUCGUCUCGAGCGCGAAAUUGCACUCCGCGAAAUUUCGAGAGUUCGUCCCGCGCGGGAGAAGGACGGGAGUUUUACGAAUAAUAAUCGCUGCUGUAUCGCGUCUCUUACAGACGCGUUCGGGAAUCCUCGAGAAGCGGUCGUUCGUCUGUUAUGCGGGAUGAUACUACUUCAUGAUUAAUGUUUCGCGAUUUCGCGAUUAAUGUUUUUGCCCGAACGAACAUUUGUCUUUGCGGACGUCUGCGCCGAGAUACGUAAUUUUGAAUGCAAAUCGUGCAAUAAGAAGUCGAUAAUCGCGCCGAGUGUCGUAAUUAGAAGAUUUUCAUGCAUGUGAUAUCGUGCUGAACAUUCACACGUUCACACGUAUGUCUCAGACGCGCUCGGCGUAAUUUUCCUAUUCGUCGGAGAACUGCUACUUCCUCCGUUCUUUGUAACUGUGAAGAUACAUCGGUCGAAAUAAGCGGGAGAAUAAAAACACUGCGAUUACGCAUUAUUAUUAUUGAAUCAGGAUAGAACGAGAGGAAAAAGUUUGCGUUAGGCGUUAGACCUGCGGCAUUUCGAGUGACUUGUUGAUUACAGCAGAUCGACCACUCCUCCGCUCAGACUGCGAGUAAAGAAUCAUUACGCGAAUUUUGCAUGCCCGCAUCCUUCCGUCAACGUUACUGAAAAAUGCACAAAAUCUGUCAUGUGUGUGUAUUUUUGCAUAAUAAGCCACGGCGACCGGCGAUAUCUUCUGCUUCGAAUUAUGGCACAUUACCAAAGCUGUCAAAAGCCUAAUCUCAACGUCGACAAGUUAAAUAAACAGCGAAGCUCGCUUCUCGCUCCGCGACUGAAAGAUUCCGAAUAUACAUCUAAAUUUUGCCGCUCUCCAGCGUCGAAAAGUAUAAAUAAAAAGCGGAAAAAAAGGAGAGAGAG